UCGUCUCAUAAUAAUAAUAAAAAAAUGUUGUGUCAUUCUUGUCGAUCAGAACUGAAGCCUUACCAGACCAACAGAAAUAGUCGUAAAUACAACGGAUGGAUAAUUCAGCCCAUAAAUAAAAUUCAACCCACUUACGAAUGCGCAGGAGAAGUCUGGCAGCGACCGACUGCCGUCCGAUCGAUCGGCGGCGCGAAGGGCGUUGGGCGCGGGCACGGCGGCGGCGGCAGUGGCCGGCGGCCAGCGGCGCGUGGUGGCUUGAGGAUUCGGGCGCUUAGGCGGGCAGCAUCCUGCGUGGGCUUGCUGCGAGUCGCGGAGCAGCAUGCCAACACCACCGGCGGCGCAAGAUGCGCCGACGUGGUCUUCGUCAUCAGGCGGCGCGACUUCGUCAGGAUCCGCCUCACCGUCGUAUUCCUCGGAUCCGUCCUCGCCCCCAACCCUGGUCCCUACCAGCAGCAGCGCGCCCGCGUCCUCGCCCCCACACGCGGCGCCGUCAUCUGACAGCAGAGGCACGUCGGCGCCUUCGCCUUCGCCUUCGCCGUCGUGCGCCGCGUGCAGGCACCAGCGGCGCAAGUGCCCGCCGCACUGCCUCCUGAAGCACCACUUCGUCGCCGAUGAGCCCGACAGGUUCCGGAACGCGCUCCGGAUGUUCGGCGUCAAGAACUUGCAGCGCAUGCUCCAGAAGGUUCCGCCGCCGAGACGGGACGUGUGCGUGCAGACCAUCGUCUACGAGUCCAACCUACGCGCGGCGGACCCCGUGCGCGGCUGCUGCGGAGUAAUCCAAGACCUGGAGAACCAGCUCAUGGACACCGCCGUCGAGCUUGAGGUGCUGCGGCGACGGCUGGAGUCGUACCGGCGAAUGGCGCGCGGCUCCCACUCCCAGUCCCAGCCACCUAAUCCUCUGGCGAUACAGCAGCAAUUGAUGGCAAGGACAAGCCACGACACGCAAACGCAAGGGCCAUCCGGCGUCGGCGUGCCACCGGCGGCGAACGAGCUCACCGCGACACUGCCACAAUUACCCGCGAUGGAGAUGGAGCCGCAAUUGUCGCAAGUGCCGCAGCCACGGCUCUCCACGAUGCCGCCAUAAUUCCCACAUGUCUCUGCCACGACUCUCCGCGACGCAGCCGCAGCAGCUCUCAGCGGUACAGCGACAAGCGGCAAAUGCGUCGGCAAACGGCACGCGAGGCAACAACGGUGAUAUGGCAACAACCGGCAAGUGCUGCUGGCCGGCUGUGCAGAUGCCAUGGCACUUCCUUCAACACUAAUUCCAUGUAAUUACUCUUCUUGUUCUCUCCGGCUCAGAUCAUGUUGCUGGAACCAGAAUGUUGUCAUCGACCUUCUCGUUGCUAAUGCCUUUUGUAUGUAUGCCAUUAGCAUUGAAAUAAAUGCACUAGAUGGUAUGGUGACAACUGACAAUUUUAUUUUUCA